AUGAAAACUAUAGGAGUAGUGAGGGGUCGGACACUACAUGUGUUGGACACAAAUGUGGAUCAGUUUGUGGGCAUUCCAUACGCCGAACCCCCGGUCGGCAAACUUAGGUUUGCAAAACCCGAACCCAUUUCUAAACCAUUUCCCAACAUAAUCGACGCAACAAAGCCUAAAAACUCAUGCCUAUCACCGAUUCAAUUAAGUCCGGACUCACCUCUCAGUGAGGACUGUCUGGUGCUUAACAUAUGGACAACAAAUACCACAGCAUUAAAGCCAGUGAUGUUUUGGAUAUAUGGAGGAGGGCUUGCAGCAGGGUCAAUAUAUCAGCCAGAGUAUAAUGGAAGUGUUUUGGCCACCAAUGAUGUGGUGGUUGUGUCCGUCAACUAUAGGUUAGGAGCGUUUGGUUUCCUAUACGGGGAUCGGGAGGACGCGCCCGGAAAUGUCGGCUUUUAUGACCAGUUAUUAGGCAUGAAAUGGGUUAGAGAAAACAUUCACUCAUUUGGCGGAGAUAGGGAUCGGAUCACCAUUUUUGGUGAGAGUUCUGGCAGUGAGUCGGUGUCCGCACACAUACUCUCCCCGCUAUCGAAAGACCUAUUCAAGAGGGCUAUUAUGCAAAGCGGGGCCAAUAUGUACAACAGGGACAGGGAUGUGGUCAACAAAACUGAGGCCAUAUCUCAGGGCAAAGCAAUGGCUAAAGGAUUGAAAUGCAAUGAAACCGAGGAUUGGAUACAAUGUCUGCGAAGAGCGGACGUCAAAGAUAUACUCAAAUAUUGGGACCAUUUCGACACUUACCCGGUGUCAACACUAGCAGUCCGUCAGUUCUACUACAAUCGUUUAGCGCACUCGCGGGUGACCUACCACUUGGGUGUCCGACAUAUCUGUUCGCCAAACGGUUUGCACAAACUGUCAAAGAGUCGCAAAGGUCACAUGGACUCUGAUUGGCCGCAACUGUUAAACGAUGAGCCGAUGGGUGCGCCCAAAGUCCACGGUUUGGACCCAAAGGACUUACGGCUCGUAUUGAGUGAUCCGUUUCAUGCAACUUGUGAUGGCGUUUGGGCCGACUAUUUCCUAUAA